AUGGGGUGUUCAGGGAGCAAGGCCACUGCGGCCGCCUGCCCCCAGUCGCCUGUUUCGAAGCUGAGCAAUGAGAAACCAAGCAAGACCGAGGGAGAAGAGGAGGGGCCAAAUACUGGCCCUGGAGACACCGUGGUAUCCCCUGAGGCCAACGGUAGCGCCUUUCCUGACGCGAAUCCGACGCAGGAAGAUGAUAUGCUAGAAGACGUGGACCCUCUGGAAGGUGUUGACUUGACGAUUCCCGAGGACUGCGAAGAGGUUGCCAUGAAGAAUGGUGUCACAUACAGGGGCGAGUGGAGAAAUGGAAAGCAGCAUGGUCGCGGGGAGCAACGACAGGCGCAUGGGGUGGUGUACACAGGCCAGUUCAAUCAGGGACAAAUCGACGGAUUCGGCAGGCUCACCAGGGCAGACGGCAGCAAAUACGAAGGAGAAUUUGUUAGGGGAAAGGCAGAAACGCGCACAAGACCAGGGGUGUAUACCUUCCCUGAUGGCUCGAAGUACGUUGGACACUGGAAACAAGACAAACGUCACGGCGAGGGGUGCGAGACGUUGGCAGACGGCUCCAAGUACCGCGGUCAGUUCGUAGAUGGGCUAAAAUCAGGCCAUGGGAUCAUGACAGCUUCUAACGGAGACAUAUAUGAAGGAGAGUUUCAACAAGGAGAGAUGAGCGGACAUGGGCGGUAUUCGUGGCCAGACGGGCGUGUCUACGAAGGGGAGUGGCGCGCGAGUCGUAUGCACGGAAGGGGCACUUUCUACUUCACAGACGGCCGAAAGUAUGAAGGCGAUUUCGUAGACAGUAAAAUGCAAGGGGAGGGAUGUCUGACGUGGCAGGACGGCUCCUCCUUCAAAGGCCAAUUCAAGAACGGACUGCCACACGGAGAAGGCCGCCACACGCCCAAGGGGGGUGCGCCAUCGCCUCUAGCGCUCUGGAACCUUGGAGUACGGGUGAAGUGGCUAGAAGACCCGGCUGCAGUUCACGCCGAUGCAAACGUGACACCUGGAAAGACUUCUGAGGAUCCUGCGAAGCACAACACAGCGCAGAGUGUUGCACAGUCAGGGGAGGCAGCGGCAGCAACAGCUGCACCAGCCCCAGCAGCGACAGCAACAACAAACUAG